GCCUAUGCUGCUUGGUCAUUGCUCAUCCAUAUAUUUAUAUGCAUAUUUUGUUAUUCCAUUCCUUUACUUAGAUUUGUGUGUAUUAGGUAGUUGUUGUGGAAUUGUUAGAUAUUACUGCACUGUCGGAAAUUUAAGCACAAGCAUUUCGCUACACUCGCAAUAACAUCUGCUAACCACGUAAUUUGAUUGAUGUUAGUUGGACUGCAGUCUACUGCAUAACAUCCUCUUUUAUUUUUUUUAUCUCGUCCAUUGUCUCCUAUUCGAAGUCUCCUUUCAGAGGGAUUUGAUUUGAUUUGAACCACUCACACCCUUGUCACAACAGAGUAAUCAACGAGCGAUGCCUGAGACACCCGUUGAUUGUGAGUAACGUUUUCACAAUCGAAUUGACACCGGGGCAGUACGAGGUGGGGGGAGAAUAAUUAAAUCCCAAAUAAAUAGUCUAGGAUAUCCUCGGAGAAAACCUACGAGAUAAAUCAAAGAGUGAGUUCAAUCGCCAUUCGCCCGUUGGCACAAAGAGAGACACAUCUAUGGGACGGCCACGGCAGCACAGUACAACCGUUUUCUCCUUCAUUUCUCUAUACAUUGGAAGAAACAAGAGGGACGCAACUUGCAAUGGCAGAGUUGGAAUUAUGGCAAUGACCAAUAGUUUGAAAUCAGAGAAUAGCCUAAUGAAACCGGAAAGUGAGUUCAGAGAAUAGAUUAAUGAAACAGAGAAGGUUCAAAUCAGAGAAUAGCAUAAUGACACGGAGAAGGAGAAAUCAGAGCGUGUGGGACCAAAACAAAGAAUAUAUUAUAUUUUAGGUCACGCAUUGCUUUGACUCUCAAAGCACAACGGGAAAGAGCACCGCGCACGGGCACGGGCACCGGGAUUGCAGUUGAGCAUUUGAUUUGAGCUGCCGCCUUGCACAGCAUGGAGAGAAAGGAACCUCUGCCCACUGGGCACAGACGUCAAUUCAAUAUCUAUUCCAAGUUGGUUCAAAGUAAUUUCAUUGCGUGGUAACAACGUUGAUUCAACCAGUGUGUGCUCAGUGUUCGUACUUCGUCCACUAAAUACUUUCCAGGGCGAUUUUUCUUCUUCUUGAAGUGGAAGAUGAUGAAGUGACUACCUGGGGGUAAAUAAUCAACAAUACUCGGCGGCAAGGUCCCUUCCCCAAGCGCAGGUGGAUCCAGCUAAGCGGUGGAACAGGGUUUUUGGACGAGGACAGGAGCAACAACGCACCACAAUAACCUCUGAACUACCAGUCUGCUACACCGUCAAAAGAAUAGGCCUAGCCAUUCAUUCUUAGAUCUGCUUCUUGGUUCCAUAUGAUGCUAAAUCGCAUCACAAACUGGAUGUGUAUCAGAACUUCAGUAUGGUGAAAAUUGAAUAAUCCAAGUGAUGUGGCCACUGUAAAACGGACAUUGAAUGGGCGCGCAACGCACAAAUCAAUUUGCACUAUAGGAGUGUAACCCUACUCAAAUGAUUAUUUUGUUGGCUUUCCAGGCUUGCUUUUGUUGGAAUAAUACCUAGUCUUCUCAUUUGGGCUAUAAUAGGUUGUAAGGAUGUCUGAAGCACUCGCCCCAGCCCAGGCGCUCUACAUCGGCAUGGAGGUGGUGAUUGCCGUCUUCUCCGUCCUGGGUAAUGUGAUGGUGGUCUGGGCGGUGAAAAUUAACAAGUCGUUGAGAGACACAACAUUCUGCUUCAUCGUUUCUCUUGCCCUGGCGGAUAUCGCAGUGGGAGCCCUCGUCAUCCCCUUGGCGAUAACUAUCAGCAUCGGACUCCAAACUCACUUCUACAGCUGCCUAAUGGUCGCGUGCACGGUGCUGGUACUGACGCAAAGUUCCAUCCUGGCCCUCCUGGCCAUUGCGAUUGACCGCUAUCUCAGGGUCAAGAUUCCAACCAGCUAUAAGCGUGUGGUGACAAAGCAGCGAGCGGCCGUGGCGGUGGUGGUGUGUUGGACUGUGGCCUUCAUCGUGGGCUUGACCCCCAUGCUGGGCUGGAACAACCUCUGGAGGCUGCAGCAGAACGGUUCCCUGAACGAGGAUCUCAUCAUCACCUGUCAGUUUGAGAACGUAAUCAGCAUGGACUAUAUGGUCUACUUCAACUUCUUCGGCUGGGUGCUGCCUCCUUUACUCCUCAUGCUGGUCAUUUACACAGAGAUCUUCUACAUGAUCCACAAGCAACUCAACAAGAAGGCUUGCACCACCAACCACACCGAUCCCAACAAGUACUACAACAAGGAACUCAAACUGGCCAAGUCCCUGGCCCUGGUCCUCUUCCUGUUCGCCAUCAGCUGGCUUCCCCUCCACAUCAUCAACUGCAUCACGUUGUUCUGUCCGACCUGCGACAAACCCCGGUUCCUGAUCUACAUCGCUAUAUUACUCACGCACGGCAACUCAGCCGUCAACCCCAUCGUCUACGCCUUCCGCAUCAAGAAGUUCCGAGACGCUUUCCUGAAGAUCUGGAAGCAGUACUUCUGUUGUAAGGACGUACCCGCCAUCUUGAACCAGCCUAGUGAGAAGGACAGGAAAGAGAACCAGAAUGGCAACGGAAACGGGAAUCCUAAUCCGAACAGAGACUCACAGCCAGCUCUAUCGCCACCACAACAAGGGCAGCAGCCUUCGCUAGAGCAGAUGCAGGAGGUCAAGCCCCAACGGCCACAGUCUCACAAUGAUGACCCAACACAGUAGAAACCCCCAAUGGAGCUC